AUGAGGUUUCUACUUCAGUUCUACCAGCAGUUGCAAGCCUUGAGGUAUGCAGUGGAAGAGAUCAACAGGAGUUCUGACAUUCUCCCAAACGCUACCCUCGGUUUCUAUGCUUAUGACUCUUGUGCGGCAAUGCGAAAUGAGUUGCAAGGGACUCUCUGGAUGCUGACCGGCCUGAGCCAGGAGAUACCAAAUUACUGCUGCCGGGAAAGUCCUCCACUGUCUGCUAUCAUUGGGCACUCAAAAUCCUCCUUUUCCAUGUUAAUGGCACAUAUCUUGGGACUAUACAGAUUUCCACAGUUAACGCAUUAUAUUAAGAACGUCCGGGUGAAGCUCAGGAAUGGAAGACAAGUUUUCUUUCAUAAGGAUGGAAACCCACCGGCUGUUUAUGAUAUAAUAAACUUGCAGCCAGAGUCAAACGGUACCCUGAAGCAAGUGAAAGUGGGAAGCUACGACACGUUGAAUUCUUCUGGGGAAAUCUUUAGCCUUGACACAAGCUCAGUGUGGUGGGCAACUUCCAAUGCUGAAAUUCCCCUCUCUGUUUGCAGCCAGAGCUGCCCAGUGGGGUUCAAAAAAGUAGCAAAGAAAGGGGAACCAGUGUGCUGCUUCCAGUGUGUUCCCUGUUCCCAAGGGGAGAUCUCCAAUCAGACAGAUGCCAUUGAGUGCUGGAGUUGCCCCUGGGACAUGUGGCCCAACAGUGCAAGAGACAGAUGCAUUGUAAAGCCCAUUGAGUUCCUUUCCUACGAGGAUCCCCUGGGGAUCAUCCUGGCAGCCACCAGUACUCUCUCCUCUAUGGUCCCAAUUUCCGUCUUUCGACUUUUCAUUCAUUAUAAAUCCACCCCAAUUGUGAGAGCCAAUAACUAUUCAGUGAGUUGUAUUCUCUUAGUAUCUCUGUCUUUCUGCUUCCUCUGUGCUUUGGCUUUCAUUGGUUACCCCCAACCUGAGAACUGCCUUCUGCGCCAGGCGGCAUUUGGCCUCGUCUUUACCCUCUGUGUAUCCUGCAUUUUGGCCAAAACUGUUAUUGUUGUUUUUGCCUUCAUGGCCACUAAACCCGGGAGCAGCCUCAAAAAAUGGACAACUCCCCGUGUGCCCUACAUGAUCAUUACCAUCUGCACCUUCAUACAACUCACUUUGUGCAUUUUCUGGCUCUCUAUCUCCCCUCCUUUCCCACAAUACAAUAUUGAAGCCAAACCUGGAAUCAUUGUUGUAGAGUGCAAUGAAAAUUCUCCAUUUGCCUUCUGGUGCAUGCUGGGAUAUCUUGGACUUUUAGCCACUGUCAGUUUCACUGUAGCUUUCCUGGCCAGGAGGCUCCCAGACAACUUCAAUGAGGCCAAACUAAUAACAUUCAGCAUGUUGGCCUUCCUCAGUGUGUGGGUGUACUUUAUCCCAGCCUCUCUCAGUGCCCAGGGCAAGUAUACUGUUGCCAUGGAGAUCUUUGCCAUUCUGACUUCCAGUUGGGCCCUUGUGUUCUGCAUGUUCCUCCCCAAAUGUUUCAUCAUAUUGUUCAGACCCGACAUGAACUCUAGGGACAACCUUAUGGGAAAAGACAGAAGCAGUAGAUGA